AUGCCGGGGGAGCUGCGAAGGCUCUUCGUCAACGAGCGCCUCACGCGGCUGAACCGCCAGCUGUUCGGCAUGGCGCGGGAAGCGGCAUCACGCGCCCAGCGGAAAUAUGUUCGGACGAGAAAUGAUGACGACGACAUGAAGCGAAAUGAUUUAUCGAGACGCGAAAACGAAUUGUCCAUUAAACCAGCCAUUCCGUUGCCGCCGCCGCCAGGUCUUAGCGGACAAAAUCAUCACCCGUCACGCCCCGUUCAAGGAAAUCAGGCAGCCAACAUUAAUCAGAGUACUUUCAUAUCAUUUCCCGAGAUAAACGAAAAUUCGGACACAGCGACUCGCAUGAAGAACAUGCAGUUCGCUAACAAGACGAUAAGGCACGGCUUUAUUAGAAAGGUGUACACGAUUGUGAUGGCCCAGUUGUUAUUUACCGGUCUUAUUAUAUUCGGUUUCAUUCAAGCGCCGAGCGUCGGUGAUUACGCGAGGGAACAUUUCUGGACUGUGUUCGCUGCACCAUUGAUCGUGUACUUCACGACGUUCUUUUGUAUCCUCUGUUGCGAGGGUCCGAGAAGACGUGUGCCCUGCAACUACAUCUUCCUCCUCUUAUUCACCGCCUCGCUGGCCGUUAUGGUGGGGAUUACUGCCACCAGGUUCCGUUAUGAAGAGAUUUUAAUCGCCGCCGGGAUCACUUUCGUCAUAUUCUUGGCGCUGACGCUGUUCGCCUGCCAAACCAGGUUUGACUUCACGAUCCUGAACGGAUGCGGUCUCUGCAUUCUACUUAUUUUGCUGUUGUUUGGCACGGCGAUGCUGGCGACCUCUUACGACCGGCUGAGGCUAGUUUACACGACCAUCGGCGUGCUCGUCAUCUCCGUAUACAUCGUCUGCGACACCCAGAUGAUCGUCGGCGGCUCCCACCGCUACAGCAUCUCCCCCGAGGAGUACGUGUUCGCGGCGCUCGUUCUCUACCUCGACGUGAUGAACCUCUUCCUGAGGAUAUUGCGGUUGCUACGC